CCCAACAACUAAAGCCCAAGGAUAUUAUACUAGAAGCCCUUGUACUCUCUCUUUCUCUCUCUCUCUCUCUCUCUGCCUUGAGCCUCGCCGGACCACCUUCAGGACUACAACCCAUAUAAAGGUAUCUCCAAGGUGGUUAUAUUUGACAAAUUUCAGAAGAAAACCAACAAUGAGGCUUUUAACCCACAAUAUGUUAUCAUCAAACAUCAAAGGUGUGACAAAUGGCUUCCCUCUGCUGAUUGAGGUUGAGAAAGUAGUGGAGAAGCAGGUAGAUUUCAAUGAAGACUUCCUCAGGAACAUGUUUCCUAAGAUUGAAUGGAAGGCCUUGGUUGAGGCAUCCAGAACAAUGGGCUACACUGAGCUACCCGAGAAUGCUGAAUCCUCCAUGCUCGACUCCGAUGAGUUCCUGGGCAAGUUCCAUCACGCCCUCGUUGAGCUUCAUCUUGAGGAGGGCGCGUUAGUUUGUCCUGAGACUGGUCGUAAAUUUCCUGUUAACAAGGGGAUUCCAAAUAUGUUGCUUCAUGAAGAUGAGGUUUGAAUUUCUCUUCUUCGUGGAAGCUAUGUCUUAGAGUUGAUGUUUAGGGGUCUGCCCCACCAGGGGACGAGUGAAGGAAUUUGGUUCUAUUGAGAAAAGACUAUUGCAUUUUAUUGUACUGUUUUUUUACCCUAAAUCAAACCAUGAGUAUUUACUCCGAAAG